AUUGGAGACUUGUGUGUAUGUGUGUGAUCAAGCCCUCUCUAUCUCUCUAUCUCUCUCUCUUUUCUGUCAUUCUAGAGUUUAGAGAUGGCCGGAAUCGCUUUCGGGCGCUUUGAUGACUCCUUUAGCGUAGGCUCCCUCAAGGCCUACCUUGCUGAGUUCAUCUCCACCUUACUGUUUGUCUUCGCUGGAGUUGGCUCCGCCAUAGCUUACAACAAGUUAACAUCAAACUCCGCCCUCGACCCUGCUGGACUUGUAGCCAUCGCUGUCUGUCAUGGGUUCGCCCUCUUUGUUGCCGUCUCAGUUGGCGCUAACAUCUCCGGUGGCCAUGUUAACCCAGCUGUGACAUUCGGGCUGGCUCUCGGUGGCCAGAUUACCAUCCUCACAGGAAUCUUCUACUGGAUUGCUCAGCUUGUUGGAGCCAUUGUAGCAUGCUUCCUCCUCAAGGCAGUCACAGGAGGCUUGACAAUUCCCACCCACGGUGUUGCAGCGGGAGUUGGAGCCUUUGAAGGUGUUGUUUUCGAGAUUGUGAUCACCUUCGCUCUGGUCUACACGGUUUACGCCACGGCUGCCGACCCUAAGAAGGGCUCCUUGGGCAUCAUCGCCCCUAUCGCCAUUGGGUUCAUCGUGGGUGCCAACAUCUUGGCAGCCGGGCCCUUCUCUGGUGGCUCCAUGAACCCUGCUCGAUCCUUCGGCCCCGCCGUGGCGAGCGGAGACUUCAAGGGCAACUGGAUCUACUGGGUUGGUCCCCUCAUUGGCGGAGGCUUGGCCGGCCUCAUCUAUGGCAAUGUGUUCAUGAGCACUGACCAUGCUCCUAUCUCCAGUAGCGAAUUCUAAAUCCAAUUUGAUUGAGUUACAAGAUUGAAAUCAAUUCUUGCUGUUCCAAUCCAUUGUCUUAAUUUGUAAUAAUAGAAGGAUUAGAAGCUUCUGCUCUUCUAUUCCUUUUAUUCUUUGUGAUCAGUAGUGAUCUGCUGCUUUCAUUUUGGCCUGUACGUAGCUGUAAAGCCUUGUGUAGUAAAUGUUGGUUUUCAAGUUCAACGACAGUGGAUGAAAACUAGUGAUGUGCAUCGUGCAGUGCAGCUGUGAGCCAUCCUCUUGUGAUCAUUUGAUUUUCUUGAUUUCCCA